AGCGGUGCUGCGCUGCGGCGUGCACGGGCUCGGCGCUGCUAUUCCGGCUGGCGGCGGCCGCUGCAGGAAGGACCGCUUCCUGCGCUCCCCGCCCCUUCCCUCGCCAGAGCUGACGCUGACGUCGGCGCAGGGAGCUGGAGGGACGCUCGGAUCUCCGCCGGGAGGCUCCUAGGGGCCGGGGCUCCGAGGUUUAAUAUAACAUAUCUUAUCAUGGUUUUUCUCUGCCCCUUCUCAAAUCAUCAACAGUAGAAAAAGAAGAAAACAUGUCAGGACACAAAUGCAGCUAUUCCUGGGAGCUGCAGGACCGGUUUGCUCAAGAUAAGUCAGUUGUCAACAAGAUGCAACAGAAGUAUUGGGAAACGAAGCAGGCCUUUAUCAAGGCCACAGGGAAGAAGGAAGAUGAGCAUGUUGUUGCCUCUGAUGCAGACCUGGAUGCCAAGCUAGAGUUAUUCCAUUCAAUUCAGAGAACCUGUUUGGACUUGUCUAAAGCAAUUGUACUCUAUCAAAAGAGAAUAUGUUUCUUGUCUCAAGAAGAAAAUGAACUGGGAAAAUUUCUCCGAUCCCAAGGCUUCCAAGAUAAAACCCGAGCAGGAAAAAUGAUGCAAGCGACCGGCAAGGCCCUCUGCUUUUCCUCCCAGCAAAGGUUGGCUUUGCGAAACCCUUUGUGUCGAUUUCACCAAGAAGUGGAGACUUUUAGACAUCGGGCCAUCUCGGAUACCUGGUUGACAGUGAACCGCAUGGAGCAGUGCCGGACAGAAUAUAGAGGGGCGUUAUUAUGGAUGAAGGACGUGUCUCAGGAACUUGAUCCAGACCUCUACAAGCAAAUGGAGAAGUUCAGGAAGGUACAGACACAAGUACGCCUUGCAAAAAAAAACUUUGACAAAUUGAAGAUGGAUGUGUGUCAAAAGGUGGAUCUUCUUGGAGCAAGCAGAUGCAAUCUCUUAUCUCACAUGCUAGCAACGUACCAGACCACUCUGCUCCACUUUUGGGAAAAAACUUCUCACACCAUGGCAGCCAUCCAUGAAAGCUUCAAAGGUUACCAACCGUAUGAGUUCACAACGUUAAAGAGCUUACAAGACCCCAUGAAGAAGCUAGUUGAGAAAGAAGGGAAGAAGAGCACACGGAGGGAAAGCCUGGAAGCUGUGGCCCAGGAGCCGAGGCAAUUAAUUUCUUUGGAGGAUGAGAACCAGCCCAAAGAAUCGUCUACUUGUAAGACUGAAGAUGGAAAAGGUGUUUUGUCAUCUGUCGACAAAAGCUCUGCCUAUGAUGCAUGCUCAGGACCAAUAGAUGAACUACUAGAUGUGAAACCUGAAGAAGCCUGCCUGGGUCCCAUGGCAGAGACCCCAGACCCCGAAUGUGGGGACAAGGACGAGCUCGUGCUGUUGAAUGAGAUUUUCAGUGCCUCCUGCCUGGACGAAGGGGAGUUCAGCCGGGAGUGGGCUGCUGUCUUCGGAGAGGACCGGCUGAAGGAGACGGCCCCCGUGGGGGCCCAGGGAGAGCCAGACCCCAAGCCCCAGACAGGCUCUGGAUUCCUUCCUUCGCAGCUUUUAGACCAAAACAUGAAAGAUCUGCAGGCCUCUCUCCAAGGCUGGUCAGAGAGCAAUGUCAGUCCUCAUACUCCAUGGCCAGCACCACAGACAAGCAAUUCAAAUGACAGCAGCGCUGCACUGAAAGGUAAAGCAGUCUCCCCUCUCCCACGACAGCUGUCUUCCUUUCCAGCAGCCCUCUCACUCUUGCUGUACUCCUUCACUAGUGUGCAUCUGCACACCUAGAGCUCAAGUGCAGGGCUGCGGGAUGAGGAGUUAGGCAUGAUCCUAGAAAUUACAUUCUGACUUUUUUUCCUGGCUUCCUGCCCUCAGUCACCAUUCCCCUCAUCGGACUCCUCUAAUGAGGGGGCAUCCAAUACGUAUAUCUCUGUGCGAUCCUUGAGAUGAUAAACUGCAAACAGCAAAGCAGGAAAGACCACUGUGGUUUGCUGGCUUUAAAAAUACCAUUGUUCACCACAUAAGGAAUAGAGUUAGAGUGCCUCGGGAAGGGUGGGGCGUCUGAGCUGUCAAAAGAGGUCCUUUCAAGUCUGUGAGAUCUGCUCUCUUUUGGGACAGGCCCCUGAAGUGAGCAUCUGCUGGACAGAAGAUCUCAUGUGUAUUCCCAGCUCUAUCUCUGUUCCUUUGGUCAUCACCCCCUCUCCCUUUGACCAUAGGACAUUAGAGGAAACGUCUGUCCCAUUAUCAUCAGAAAGUGUUCCUGUGGUGUUCUUUUAAGUGCUGUGCAAAUAAUUUGCACCUGUUUUUACUCCUAGCGGAGACCUGGGGAUCUGAGGGUUGCCUUCAAGUGCAAUCACCUGCCUUAGCUUCUAACUGCAAGGCUGUGAUCACUCUCUGGGGACCUUCUCAGACCUUUGCAAGAGGUCAGGAGAAAGGGGAAGUAAGUGUGUAGCAUAUUUUCACUGGAGAUAGCUUUAAGAUAUCUUGAUACUCUCUAUCAAGAAUUGAGAUAAACUAAUCCAUCUAGAUCAGUCUUGCCCCAUACACUAUCCUCACAUGACCUCUAACAUGAUGAGUUGUGAUUCUCUCCAGUCCAUGGGUUGUGAGGGCUAAGCACAUAGAAUUCAAUUAAGGUUACCUGCGGUAACAACCUAUUCAGAAAACUGUUCUGACUGCUCGUCUCGCCUUUACUAGCUGUUCCUAUGUGUACUUGUCAUAUCUCAAAUCUGAUGACAUAAUACAUACAUUGAUCCUGUUAUUACAGAAUAAUGUACCUAUUGGGUAUUAUGAUUAGAAAUAGGGAGAUGAACCUAAAGUAUAAAGUGCUUCAUUAACUAUCUUCAGUGACAUUUUAAAGAAUCAAAGAUGGUUUAUGUGACUCUGAUCCCAUUCUGUCCCUUCACUCUAGGCCAGUUUUGAGACUCUUUCCAGCCAGAUGGCAAGCACAUUCUUAGCUGCUCCCUGCUAGAAGGGCACCCUAUUAGAGACAUUUAUUCAUACUUCUGACACCUCCACCUGUUGGAGAGGGGGUCGGGGGAGCCCAGAUUACUGAGCCAGUGAAGUAGAUGCUCACAUGGAAUGAUUUAUAUGGGAGAGUCCCAGCUUGUUUAUAAAUCACUUGCAUGAAACACUCUUGGAAAUUCUCUCCUCAUCUGGAAGACACUUCGGCUGUCUAACCACGGUAUUUGGGAAGUCAGGGCGGGUGCUUUGGUGAAGGAGCAGUAGAGUGAAGGGCUCCAGUGAGGGGGGUGAAGGGAUUUCAAGCCUGCAAAGGGAAGGAAAAGCACCUCAAGGGCCUUUUGCCUCUGCCAGGCAAAGGUGGAAAAGCCUAUGACCGGAAUGGCAGAGAGGCUGGGCAUGGGUAUGACCUCCUCUGGGCCUGUGCCUUUGAAGGAUGAAAAGGGAAACACCAGAUUGCUCCUGACCCAGGGGACCUGAAGGGAUCCCUCCAGCAGACACUGGAAAGCACCUUGCUUCUUCAGCCAUCCAGUGUGAUUUCUGAAAUAGCCAUGCUGUUUCCUGGUUGAGGCGAAAAGACAAGAGUGUACGAUGUUGAGCAGCUCACAGAGCUACGGCUGGAGGUGUAGCUACAGGUGGUGCUCAGUUAACUUAGAACACAGCUCCUUCUUCAUGGGCCCUCAGGCCACAGUUUAGGAGUGUCAGCCAGUCAGGGGUCAUAGAAUUUCCUAACUGUUAGACAUCAAGAGUCAUGGGCUGCCUGAGCCCAGCAUGGCAGGGGUAGUCCUUGAGAAAGUAGUUUUGUUCACGUUUCUUCUUCUUU